AUGUCAUACCACGACAUAGAUGAUGUAGAAGUCCUUCGGGACGCACUUCUCCGCAGUGAGCAAGAAGUUGCCACAUUAGGGCGUGAAAACGCCCGGCUGAAAGGCGAGAUCGCGUCGUUCAAUGCUGAGAAAGAGGUCGAACGAAGGACAUCUAAGCGAGAAGCAGAUGCGUUUGAAGAGCAUCUCCGGAAAAAGAGAAAGCUACAGUCAAAGUAUGACGAUGAUUCAAAGCACUUGAAGCAUCAGCCGAAGCGCUCACAAGAAAAUCCGUCGCCAUCUGCAAUCACAGAGUCAGCAAAGGCAGCGGAUCAUGUGAAGGUCACUUCUACAAGCGGUCUAUCCAUGCAGGUGCCUGACUGCAGGAGCUCUAGAAAUUCGCCUGACAUCGACUCUUGGAACUUGAGAAACGAUGACGACCUCUUCGGCCCAUCUCAACCUGAAGAGCCCCUCUCACCUUCACGUGCGGAUCUCGCAAAGCGAGGAGAUUCUUGUGAAGGCUCCGUCGGUAAAACCCAACCAAAGUCGCAGAAUCAAGCGUCUACCCGUCAAAAGAAUUCAGGGAAUCUAUCUAAGGGUCAAGCGUCGGGACCAAGACACCCUCAGACAUUUGAAGCGCCUAUGAUUACUACAGUGGACAAGCAGCGAAGGCUAUUGGAUCAAUCUGAUCCGACAAAGCAAGUAGCCGCGAUUCCGGUUAAAUUAAGACCUGAGAACAUGUUGGAACCUAGCAAAGGCCCAUCUCAAUGGGAGCUCCUCCAACGACACGAAGCACAAAAGGCGAAGGAGAAGGCUGAAGCACAUGGAUCUCCAACUGAACUAACGAAGGAGGCUUCCAAUCGAGAUCUUUUACCUUGA